UUUGUCCCGAGUGCAUAUAAAGGGCUGCAAGUUCCCCGCCUUAGCACAGUGCGCAGCGGAGGUGAUAUAUCGUGGUUACUAGGCGGUACUUGGAGAACAUCAGUGAUACCGCAACAUGGCCACCAACGAUUACUCGCAACAAGCCAGCCAAGGGUAUGGGGCAUACCCCUCCCAACCAAGCCAGGGUUAUGGGCAGCAGGGCAGCCAGUCCUACAGCCAGCAAGGUUACAGUGGUUACGGCCAGUCUGCAGGUGGCUCCUCGUAUGGACAGAGUGGCUACAGCUCUUCAUAUGGUCAAGACCAGAGUGCUGGAUAUAGUUCUCAGUCAACUCCACAAGGAUAUGGAUCUGGUGGUUAUGGAAACUCCCAAUCAUCUCAGUCCCCUUAUGGCAGCGGGCAGCCACAGCAGCAGUCCCAGUCCUCUUACUCCAGCUACUCCCAGCAGCCUCCAGCCAGUAGCAACACAGGAAGUUACAGUGGCAGCUCCCAGCCAUCCAGCUACCAGCAGCAGCAGAGUGGUGGAUAUGGGCAGCAACCAAGUGGGGGUUAUGGAAGUCAGCAGAGCAGCUAUGGAGGUCAACAGCAAUCCAGUUAUGGGAGCCAGCAGGGUCAGAGUGGCUAUGGCAGUCAGCAGCCAAGCUCUUAUGGACAGCAGCAGCAAUCAAGCUACAGCCAGCCCCAGGGCUAUGGCCAGCAGCAAACACAGUAUAGUGGUGGAGUCCCUGAUGUCUACGAUCUCUUUCCAGCUGGUGGAUAUAAUCAGGACUCUCCUUCCAUGGGCAGCGGAAGCUAUGGUGGAGGGUCUGAUCAGGGUGGCUAUGGAGGCCAAGAUAGAGGAAGGGGACGUGGAGGAUUUGGUGGUCGUGGUGGUGGUGGUGGAGGAGGAGCAGGUGGCUUUGACAGCCGCGGAAGGGGCAGCCGUGGUGGCAGAGGCGGCAUGGGCGGUGGUGAACGGGGAGGAUUCAGUAAAUUUGGUGGACCACGUGAAGGCGGCGGACCCCCCAGACAUGAAAUGGCCGAACAAGACAACUCUGACAACAACACAAUCUUCGUGCAAGGACUUGGAGAGAAUGUUACAGUUGAGUCAGUUGCUGACUACUUCAAACAAAUUGGAAUCAUUAAGACUAACAAGAAGACUGGGCAGCCUAUGAUUAACCUUUACACAGACCGUGAAACUGGCAAACUGAAAGGAGAAGCCACAGUUUCCUUUGAUGACCCACCAUCUGCCAAGGCUGCUAUCGAUUGGUUUGAUGGCAAAGAGUUCUCCGGCAAUCCGAUAAAAGUGUCUUUUGCCACAAGAAGAGCAGAUUUUAAUAGUCGAGGUGGCGGCAAUGGAAGAGGCAGAGGACGUGGUGGCGGACCAAUGGGACGUGGAGGCUUUGGUGGGCCCCCUGGAGGAAGUGGCAGUCGGGGUGGUAGUGGUGGAUACCCAAGUGGUGGUGGAGGCCAGCAACGAGCUGGAGACUGGAAGUGCCCCAACCCGAGUUGUGAGAAUAUGAACUUCUCAUGGAGAAAUGAGUGUAACCAGUGCAAAGCGCCUAAACCUGAAGGGCCUGGUGGUCCAGGGGGCUCCCACAUGGGGGGUGAUGUAAUUGCAGGUGGAUUUGGUGAUGAAAGAAGAGGAGGCCGUGGUGGCUUUGAUCGUGGCGGCUUCAGAGGAAGGGGAGGUGACAGGGGAGGCUUUAGAGGUGGCCGAGGGGGAGAUCGUGGAGGAUUUGGACCAGGGAAAAUGGAUUCCAGGGGAGAUCACAGACAAGACAGAAGGGACAGACCAUAUUAGCUGGGACCGGCAUGAGAUUUCUACCGUUUUUUCUUAUGUUUUAUUUUGUAUGUCAGGAUGUGUCCUAUGGAUUCUUUCUGAAUAUGUUGCAUUUGUGUACACUUUGUAUUACCUCCGCUGUGCGCCUGUGAAUUUUAACAGUAUUUGUAAAUUCCUUACCCAUUAAACAAAUAACCUUUUGUGCGCGUGUGUGCGUGUACUCCUGAAGUCUGUACUGGAAUGCUCUCGGCAUGCUUGGGGUCAAAUUAAAGGGAAACAAAAGAUA